AGUGAAUGCUACAAAUCUUCACAAUCUCGAUAUGUCGAUUUUGGGUCGAUCAUUCUUUACCGGGGCUAGGGGUUAGGGGUGUGGCCUGUACGAGUACUGGACUCAGUACCGGUAUCAUACUCGAGUACCGGUAGCGGUUUAUGGUGGGGUGGGCAGGGGGAUGGGAGGAAGGGAAGGUGGCUGCAUCCUUCGUGAAGAAGAAGAAAAAAAAAGAAACUCUACAUAUCGGUAAUAUCAUAGCAUAAACUCUUCUCUAAUUGGCAGCUUGUUUUUGUUUUUUUAGUUUGUUUUUGUUUUUUUUCAUCAACCCCUUUUACCGGUAUUUUUAUUUUUGUCUGUUUUGGUUGCACUGUGGCUACUUACAUAACUGUGCAUACGGUAGACUAGUCUAUCAACUACCGGACGAGCACACCGUUAACCCAAGCCCAGCGUAGUGGAAAUCCUGCAGAUAGGACCUCCUGCCCCACCGGCUAAAUGGCAAAUUAUGUGAGCUGCUUUUAUCAUACAAGUGAGCUCCUCCUCCCUCCUCUCCUCUUCGGUGUACUCGUAUUUUGCAAAGAAAAUAAAAAGGGUCUUCACAUUCCACUACGGCACUGGUACCAUAUCAUCGCCGCAGAAGUUGCCUUCGUGGAGUCUAAUGUUGUGGGCUAUUGUGACUGGCUGUGCUGUGGGGGUGAGCAUUGUGUGGUUUAACAGGAGGAGUUAAUGCCGUACGAUACGAAGCCCCUUCUCCUCAUCCUGAUGUUUAUUAUCCCGAGCUGGGGUUGUCAAUUUGUUCCGUCACCCGGAGGAACAGUUUUACAUGGCAAUGCCACGGUAUUACGUGAUCUGGCGGGUACGGCAGUAUCAUGUAGUGCUGUGCGGUAGCCUAAAGUGGUGGUCUUGGUUGCAGGGAGGCAUGAGAGAGAAGGCGUUCUCGGGUGGACGUGAUGUACCGGUAGGAGGUAUAUUGAUUCGAAGUGGGUGUUUUGUUAUUUUUGUUUCUAUGAUAUUUUCUGAUAUUUGUGGUGGUGGUGGUUCAUUAAUCUGUUAUCAUAUAUCUGAGUAUCGGUAUUAA